AUGCCGGCGAGGAGGAAGAAGAACGCGGCAAGCGUGGAGAAGCAGGAGCGGCUGAUGCGCCAGCAGCGCCUCAAGCUGCUGGUCCAGCAGUAUGAGGCGGAAGCCCAGCAGCGGGUCCUGGAGGUGCAGAGCCGGCUGGAGGACCUGCUGGCGAGUGUGGACCGGGUGUUCGAGGUAGAGCUGAUGAAGAUCCCGCCCAAGCUCCAGAGCAGCUCCAUCAUGGAUCACAUGGGGGAGCGGGAAACGGCGAGCGACGUGCCCAUCGCCCUGGAGGUGGAGUUGUCGGGUCUGCAGAAAUCCCAGAGGACACGCAGCAGGAAAGGUUGGUCUGCGGCGGCACAGAAACCCCUGAGCAAGAGCACGGCGGGAGCCAAGGGGGGCAGGAAGGCCAAAGCAUUGUCCAGCAGCAUCAGCAGCGGGAACCUCGGCUGCCAGAAGAAGAGGAGCUAUGACACCGUUCAAAGCAAGCCCAAGCUCAGGUCCACUGUGUCAACGGGAGACCUCCACUGUUCGGCAGGCGGGUCCAUGGCUCACAUCAGCGUCACCACGGCUCUGGGGCAGACCGUCUGCAUUUCCGAGGAGACCAAAGACGAGAUCGACAUGGAGCUGCUGGACGACGUUGCGCUGUUUCAGAUCCAGAAACUGGCGAAGCUGAUGUCCAAACUGUCAGCCAAAGCCCAACGAUGACCUGUCGGCCUCUAACUUCUUUUAAAUGUGCUGUAAUGAGAAUAAAGUGAUUUUGAAUGGA